UUGUUCUUAAAUUACAAAAUUGCUACAGGGAGAUGGCCCUUGAUAAUGUACAUGAGGAGUACAUAGUCAAAUAAGUCUGUUGCAACAAUUAAGGGCUCAUUUCACUUCAGCAAUACUAACACAACACCUUUCAUUGUUUUUGAAAAACAGCAAGACGUGGUUAUAGGUUUCAGGUGCAGUGUGUGAUGACAAUCUGAGUCUGAACCUUCAGUCUGAUAGUAGUCUAUUUAAAUAAAUCAGCACAUUUUUGAGGAUGUGGUGAUUCUGAUCAUGCUGUUGUUUUCUGUAGAUACCUUCUCAUAACAGGAAAAAGGUUAUCAGAUAUGUUUUGUGCUCUGCUGAAGCCACUAAACUACCAGUCAGCCUUUCAAAAAUGUUCCUGUGGAGCUUGUUGCCUUGUUUUAUAUGUGCUCGGGAUGUCAAGGCAGAUGGAGUAAAGAUAGUCUCGGUGAUAGAAGGAGAUUCUGUCACUCUUCAUUAUCAUGCUACGAACAUUGAGAGAAAUGAUCACAUACUGUGGACUUUUGAAUCUGAUAACUCGCACAUAACCUAUAAAGAGAGCAUCUUUACAUCUGAUGGUGCUGGUGGGAGACUCCGAGGCCGAGCGAAGCUGCGUCCGACUGGAUCUCUGACCAUCACAAACACCAGAUUCAGUGACUCUGGAUAUUAUACAGUGUCUACCGGCAGCUCCUUGCGGGAGAUAUUCAGAGUUUUUGUCUAUGCACCUGUUUCAACACCCGUCAUCACCACAAACACACAAACCAAAGAGAGUCAAACUCCGAGUGAUGGCGGCGAGUCCCACCUCACCAUGCUUCCCUCGUCUUCUCCAGCUCGUCUGCCUGUACCUGAGAUGAUCAGUAACUCUUCAAGCUGUUCAUCAGGAUCAUCCGUGUCCAGAUGUUCAUUGCUGUGUUCGGCGGUGAAUGUGAGUCAUGUGAGUCUCUCCUGGUACAGAGGACACAGUUUAUUGUCCAGCAUCAGUGCGUCUGAUCUCAGCAUCAGUCUCUCGUUACCUCUGGAGGUGGAAGAUCAGGAUAACAACACCUACAGCUGUGUGCUCAACAACUCAUUCACUAACCAGACUCAACAUCUGGACAUCAGUCAGCUCUGUCAACCAUGUGAAGGCUCUGCUGUCCACUGCUGUAGUUUUACUGAAGCUCUGAUCCGAUUGGUCCUCUCUGCUGUGGUGGGCUUGACGACUGUUGUUAUAUUGGUCGAUCACUUCAGAUCCAUGAAAACUGAACAGAAACUGAGGGAACAAAUAUUACCAUCAGUUCACCAAUGAUAAAUCAUACAUUAUUCCAUAUGGUUACUAGGUAGGGCAGUUAAUGUAAGGCAUAUCAAUUGUUUUUUUCUUUUUUUUCUUUCAGGAAAUUCAAAAAAUAGGUCGAAUGUCAAGUUUGUUUGGUUUUUUUUGUCAAAAUUGGGUUUUCAUUCAGUUAUUAUUAUAUAACAUCUUGUCUAUCAUCUCUGAAAAUAUCUUGGCAAAAUUCACUUGUUUAGUGCAGAAAAAUAACGAUUUAUUGUGGCAAGCAGAAAAGACUGUCUUUCUCUAGAGAUGCUUUCCCUUUCACAAUACAAAAACAGUUCACCUAUCAAAAUACACUAUGUAACGUAUAUAAUAAAGGUGUAUCAAUGCACAUUUUCCGCCAGUCCUGUGUCUGAACUACAGCAUGCAAAGUUCGGGGUAACGUUAGCUAGUCUGCUGUGUAAUGAAGCAGUAUGGUGCUCCUGACAGCUCUCUGUGACCGCGAAAGUAAAAAAAGGAGUCAAUAAAUGAGUAAUAAAUGGGAGGAAAAAAAUGAUAAAAUAACUCUCUCUCCCUCACACACACACGCUGAAAUAUUCUGGCUGUUUUCUGUUUCUCAGCAUUAUAAAAUUGUUUUAAAUAACAAUGCUGAAUAAUGAAAUUGCAAAAUCUUAGCUUAAUGAAUAAAAUAAACGAAUCAAUAAAAAUAAAAACUUUGACCGUAAUGAAAAAUGACUUACAUUUUUCAGGGUGGUUAAGAUAUUAAAUCUUUAUACAAUGGCAGCAGUGCCCAGCAGCAUAAAGCGUCUUAAGUUUCUCCCUUAAGUAUGAAAUUUCAGGGCUGAUUCACCCUUACCUAAGGGAAAAACAUAAGGGUGUUGCAUAUAAUCCUUUAAAUGUUUCUCUCAGGUAAGGGAAACCGCUAAGUGUUU